CUGCAGAGGAGGAGGAGGAGGAGGAGAAGAAGAGGGAGCUGAAGGUCACAGCUGGAGAAACAUUAUCAUAAAUACUGAUAUCAAAACCGAUUAACGACUGAUCGAAAUCAUCAGUUGCACGAGGAGCAGGACCGCGACGUGAGACACGAGGACGGCGCGAUAAAAGGAUCCACUGCAGCAUCCCUGAUUUCCUGUCUGUCGGAUUCUCCAUCACCAGCCUCCACCUGUCUCUCCACCCGCCUCCAUCAUGGGGAACCGAGGUAUGGAGGAUCUCAUCCCGAUGGUGAACCAGCUCCAGGAUGCCUUCUCCUCCAUCGGCCAGAACGCGAGUCUCGACCUGCCGCAGAUCGCGGUGGUGGGCGGACAGAGCGCCGGGAAGAGCUCGGUACUGGAGAACUUCGUGGGCAAAGACUUCCUUCCCCGUGGCUCAGGUAUCGUGACUCGGCGCCCCCUGGUGCUGCAGCUCAUCAAUUCACCCACAGAGUAUGCCGAGUUCCUGCACUGCAAGGGGAAGAAGUUCAUCGACUUUGAUGAAGUCCGUCAGGAGAUUGAAGCUGAGACGGAUCGAGUGACUGGGCAAAACAAGGGAAUCAGUCCAGUCCCCAUCAACCUCAGAGUCUAUUCACCCAAUGUAUUGAACCUGACUCUCGUGGAUCUUCCCGGGAUGACAAAGGUCCCAGUUGGAGACCAACCUCCUGACAUCGAGCACCAAAUAAGAGAAAUGCUCAUGCAGUUUGUCACCAAGGACAACUGCCUCCUUUUGGCUGUUUCUCCUGCCAACUCUGACCUUGCCAACUCUGAUGCUCUAAAGAUCGCCAAGGAGGUCGACCCACAAGGUCUGAGGACCAUUGGUGUGAUCACCAAACUGGAUCUGAUGGAUGAAGGAACCGAUGCCAGAGAUAUCCUGGAGAAUAAACUGCUUCCGCUCCGCAGAGGUUACAUUGGGGUGGUGAAUCGCAGUCAGAAGGACAUUGAUGGGAGGAAAGACAUCACUGCGGCUCUUCAAGCAGAGAGGAAGUUCUUCUUGUCUCACCCAGGAUACCGACACCUGGCCGACCGCAUGGGCACCGCCUACCUUCAGAAAGCCCUCAACCAGCAACUGACCAACCACAUCCGGGACACUUUGCCAGCGUUCCGCAGCAAAAUGCAAAGCCAGCUGCUGUCCAUUGAGAAGGAGGUGGAGGAGUACAAGCACUUUAGACCAGAUGACCCGAGUCGCAAGACCAAGGCCCUGCUGCAGAUGGUACAGCAGUUUGCAGUGGACUUUGAGAAGAGGAUCGAAGGAUCUGGAGAUCAGGUUGACACCUAUGAACUGUCAGGAGGAGCUAAAAUCAACAGGAUCUUUCAUGAACGCUUCCCAUUCGAAAUGGUCAAGUUGGAGAGUGAUGAGAAAACUCUUCGUAAAGAGAUCAGCUACGCCAUCAAGAACAUCCAUGGAAUCAGGACGGGUUUGUUCACACCUGACAUGGCGUUCGAGACGAUCGUGAAGCGCCUGAUCGCACAGAUCAAAGUGCCGUGUCAGAAAUGUGUUGACAUGGUGAUAAAUGAGCUGGUCAACACAGUCAGACAGUGCACACAGAAGCUGGCUCAAUAUCCCAUGCUGAGAGAGGAGAUGGAGAGGAUUGUCACUCAGCAUAUCAGAGACAGAGAGAGUCGCACCAAAGACCAGGUGAUACUGCUCAUUGACAUUGAGUUGGCCUACAUGAACACAAACCAUGAAGACUUCAUCGGCUUUGCAAAUGCUCAGCAGAAGAGCAGUCAGAUGAACAAGAAGAAAGCAGCAGGAAACCAGGACGAGAUCAUGGUGAUCCGUAAAGGUUGGCUCACCAUCAACAACAUCAGUAUCAUGAAGGGCGGAGCUAAAGAGUACUGGUUUGUCCUGACGGCAGAGACCCUGUCGUGGUACAAAGACGAUGAGGAGAAAGAGAAGAAGUACAUGCUGCCUGUGGACAACCUGAAACUGAAGGACAUCGAGAAAAGCUUCAUGUCCAGCAAACAUAUCUUUGCUUUGUUCAACACUGAACAAAGGAAUGUGUACAAGGACUACCGUCAGCUAGAGCUGGCCAGUGAGUCUCAGGAGGAGGUGGACAGCUGGAAGGCGUCUUUCCUACGAGCUGGCGUAUACCCUGAACGCAACGUGGACAAAGAGAAGGUGGAGGUGGAGGAGUCAAGUAGUGAUGGGCAGAUCCACAGUAUUGACCCUCAGCUGGAACGACAGGUGGAAAUCGUCAGAAACCUGGUGGACUCAUACCUGUCCAUCAUCCACCGCACAGUCAGAGACUUGAUCCCCAAGACCAUCAUGCACCUGAUGGUCAACAACACAAAGGAGUUCAUCCAUUCUGACCUACUGGCUCAUCUUUACUCCUGUGGAGACCAAAACUCACUGAUGGAAGAGUCUCAGGAACAGGCUCAGCACCGUGAUGAGAUGUUGAAGAUGUACCACGCUCUGCGUGAAGGCCUCAGUAUCAUCAGUGACAUCAGCACCACCACCAUCACCACAGCGAUGCCUCCGCCUGUCGAUGACUCGUGGCUGCAGGUGACGGGGAUGCCAUCAGGGCGCAGGUCUCCCAUGUCCAGCCCAACUCCCCAGCGUCGGGCCCCUCCUGGACCUCCUCGUCCAGGUGGACGUGCAGCCCCUGGGCCCCCAUCACGUCCCGCAGUGUCACCUGACCCUGGACCCCCCUCAGUCCCUUCCAGGCCCAACAGAGCACCCCCACCUGGAGUUCCCAGAAUCUCUAUCAGUGACCAGUGAGGAGUUCACCAAUGUCGGAGAGCUCCUGCAUAUCCAUCAUGAUCCUCCAGACCAGCCUCAGACUCCUCCCUCUGACUCCUCCCUCUGACACACAUAUGCACACACAGACACAGAGAGAGAGAGAGAGAGAGAGAGAGAGAGAGUAGAUUGAAAAUAUUAAUGCUGGUUUAACACAAGUUCUAAGCACAGACUCCACAUGUUUUAUCUUGCACAUUCACAUUAAUUAAUCUGGCGCAAACCACACUGAAUGGUUUAUUUGUGCCAACUGGUUUAAGCUGUUUCUAUAACAUAUAUAUAUUGCUCAGGUCAAUCAGAAGAGAUACUCAGCUGGUCUCCCUGUGAAGAGCUAGGAAGCUUAAGUUUUAUCAGCACCUUCUGCUGCACUGACCUAAACAUCCACAACUCAGGCACCUGAUGCACAAGUGCCACAGUUGUGUUGAAACAGGUUUACAGGUGUGUUCAGACAGACAAUGGACAUUAACUGCUGGUUUCACUCAAAGUAGCAAGCGCCACGUGAGGGAUGUGGAGGGCAAUAAUGGGUAUUGGACGACCCUUCUCCCCUAUUGAUGUCCCUUAAGAAAAAUAAAUGACCCACAUUUAUGACAUCACAGAAACAGACAAUCAAUUGUCAGCAAAUAUUGUGAUGUGUGAAGUAAUUGAGGUAUUAUUUGUAUUAUAGUACAUACAGUCCAUACCUUUUGAUUCUAAGUGGUUCUAAUUGAUCCAAACAAACUACUUUCUGAGCAGUCCUAGCUUGAUUAUGCAUGGUCCGGUUGGUUCUACCAAGUUCUGAUUAUGUAGACCACACUGACGUAAGGUGCAUUCUCACUGAACACAAAGAGAUUUUUUACAUGUAGCAUUUCUCGUGCGGCUGUGGUUGCUGGAUAGUUUGUGUUUAUUCACCACACUUGUGCAAGUAAAUACAACUGGUGACUACUUACUACAAAAGCGUAUUGCUGUCAUAGUGGAAACUACUUUUUAAUCAGUAUCAUGUCAUACUAUAUUGUAUAAACAGGAUGAUACUAUAUUGUAUCAUUAUAUUGUAUAAACGUGAUCAUGUAUCACGUUUAUACAAUAUAGUAUCAUGUUAUAUUGUGAUAUUGAUCCAAAAAAAAAAGCAAUAGGCUUCCGUACCUCAAUACUAGCGCUAACUAUGUUUAUAUUAGUGUAACCAACAGACUGAAGUGAACAAUGCUUUCUGGUCAUGCGAUUCACCAUAAGACAAAUGUCAGCCACCUCUAACUGGUUCCACCUGGUUCCUGCCAGUUUUUUUACCAGUUUUAUUUGGGUCUAACUGUGUCAUCAGGCCACUAAUUGGUGUGGACUUCUCUUUUCUGUGGAUAUUGCCUCUAACUGGUUUCUAUUGGUCCAAGAAGAGUACCAUUUGUUAAACAUGACAUGACGUUUGAUCCUGCAAGCCCCUUCCUGUUUAUUUUUCAGUUGAUUUACUGUUGUUUUCUUUUUCUUCAUGAUCAUUUUGUGUCCUUUGUUCCCAGUCGUCCCAAUAAAGGUAGCCCCGCCCAUGGAGAGAGCCCACAGUCUUCUAUUGAAGGUUAACCUGAGCCAAGUGUUUGUUUCUGUCUCUACUGAACUGUUAUACUGAUACUCUGCUGAUGAUGUUCUGUUACUGUGAACCUUACAAGUAAUAAUAAUGAUGAUGAUAUUGAUUAUCAGCACAUUUUAAAUGUAUAUAGCAAAUGAUCAGCAAAGUACUAUUGCAAUAUUGAGUGUAUAAAUAUGUUGUCUAGCUGUCCAUCAGCUGUCAUGAGGGUGAGACAGGUAACUACCUGUCUAUCUGCCCCCUCACACUGUCUGUCAUAUUGUAUCAAAACAGUAGCAACAGAUUCAUGCGAUCAUCAGGUUUUAAAAAGAUCUGCCGAAGACUCCUGAGAUGGCGCAGACAGGAAGAUGUCUCACUCCUCUGGAUGUUCAGGCUGCUCUGGGAUCAGCCUGUUAGCAUGUUAGCCUGUUAGCUUGCUGUCUGUAUCACAAACUGGAGUUAAGUAACUGAGUUGUGUUUUGAUCAAUGCUGAACUUUUCUUUACAGUGUAAAGUUUGCAUAUUGUUUUAACUUAUGUAUUUAUUUAUUGAUUAUCUGCAGUUGUUAUUGUGGCACUAGUUUGAACUGGUUCAAGCUAUACCCUUAACCGUUCCUGGUUCACACUAGUUUAAUUUUGUUCACACUAGGUCUGACUAGUACAUUCUAGUUUCAACUAGUUUCAACAAACAAGUGGUGCACACUAAGUGCUUAAUAUUUCACACUAGUUUUGACUGGUUGUAACUGGUUCUUUCUGGGGGACAUGUUCCAACUUUUAUGUUGUGACAUGUCAUUUCUUAUUUAAUUGUCUACAAAUUAUACACAUACACACAUAUAUACAUAUAUAUAUAUACAUAUUUACGACUUAAUGACUUAGUAUGUUGUUUUGUCUAUAGAGUUAGUUGAGCUCCGAGCUGCACUCAACACAAGGCGUGUCACCAAAGUGCGUUUGUAUCUGUAAAUUGUCCUGGUGUUCAGAUCAGUGUCAGCAUGACUGUUCAGUUCUGUCUUAAAAUUGUGUCCUAUAAUUUUGAACAUUCGGUAUUAAACAAUAAAGUGUUGCACAGGUGGUUCUGCAGCAUGGGGUUGAAUGCAGCUCGGCCUCACACACACUCCUGUGAUAGUGGAUAGUUCACUCCGUGGUGUUACCAUAAAUGUAUGAAGAUUUUAAUGUACCAUAUCUGUGAGCAACAUAUACAGAUCUAUUAAACUGAAAUAUGCAGCGGCCCAGACUGAAGUGUAUGUGUGUAUGUGGGUGUGUUACACUGUGUGGAUGUAUGUAGCUGUGUUGUGUACCUUUGUGUCAUGUGAUCAGGGGCAACAGAGACAUGUGGACAUGAAUAAAGUUUGUGUGAAUGAA